AACUCCCGUUUGCCCCCGCAUCUCGCUCAGAGCCUCCGUCCCCGUCUGCCAGGCAGCAGCCCCGGCCGGGGCCCGCUCGGCACCCCGAUACCCGGGCACCCCGACCCCUCGCCACCCCGGCACCCCGAGCAGCCCCGGCAGCGCCCCGCGAUGCAGCGCCGCCUCUGCGCCCUGCUCCUGCUGGCCUCCCACUGCCUGGGCUCGGCCGCCGGGCUCUUCCCCUUCGGGGAGCCCGACUUCUCCUACAAGCGCUCCAACUGCAAGCCCAUCCCCGCCCCGAUGCUGCUGUGCCGGGGCAUCGAGUACCAGAGCAUGCGGCUGCCCAACCUGCUGGGGCACGAAACGGUGCAGGAGGUGCUGGAGCAGGCCUCCACCUGGAUCCCGCUGGUGCAGAAGCAGUGCCACCCCGACACCAGGAAGUUCCUCUGCUCCCUCUUCGCCCCCGUCUGCAUCGACGACCUGGACGAGAUCAUCCAGCCGUGCCACUCGCUCUGCGAGGAGGUGAAGGAGAGCUGCGCCCCGGUCAUGUCCGCCUUCGGCUUCCCCUGGCCCGACAUGCUGGACUGCAGCCGCUUCCCCAAGGACAACGACCUCUGCAUCCCGCUGGCCAGCAGCGACCACAUCCUGCCGGUCACCAGGGAAGCACCCAAGGUCUGCGACGCCUGCAAGAACAAAAACGAGGACGAUAACGACAUCGUGGAAAACCUCUGCAAAAAUGACUUUGCCUUGAAGAUAAAAGUGAAGGAGAUUGCCUACAUCAAUGGGGAUACCAAGAUCACCCCCGAAACAAAGAGCAAGACCAUCUACAAGCUGAAUGGGCUGACGGAAAGGGAUCUGAGGAAGAUCGUGCUCUGGCUCAAAGGUGGCCUCCAGUGUACCUGCGACGAGAUGAACGACAUCAACGUCCCCUACUUGGUGAUGGGGCAAAAGCAAGCUGGGGAACUGGUGAUCACCUCGCUGAAGCGGUGGCAGAAAGGGCAGCGGGCUUUUAAGCGGUUCUCCCGCAGCAUCCGCAAACUGCAGUGUUAGUGGCUUCGGCUCUGGCCGCCUCCAGCAGCCUCCUCUGUCCCGAGCUCUCCGGGCCUCCCGCACCUUCUUGCUUCGGCUCCUCUGAGCCUCGAGAUGCCCUGGGCAGGAGAUGCAGCGACCAUUCUCCGAGAGGGGAGGGAGCCCUCUGUUUCUGUACAUAGGUUAAAGUGUAAUAAUAAAAAAAAAAAUAAUAAUAUCAUGACUAUUUUUGGGAAGUAUUAAAGUAUCUCACUUAACGCUUUUUUUUUUUUUAAUGGUUGCAAAUGUGACUUUGGUCUGAGGUUUUCCCUCUUCAUUUUGGUAAUGCUGGUUCGUUUAUAUUGCUGCUUCUCUGUAUACAUGCAUAUCUGUUGUGCAGAAGUAGGAGACGCAGAGAAGACAGCCAUGUGUGCAACUGGCGUGUCACAGGGGGUAUGACUCUUUCACUGAGGUGAAAUGGCUUGCCAUCUAUAUUAACACUAUAAAGGUCAUGUUACGACUCUUGCAUGUGAUACAUAGGCAUCAAUAAGAGUAUAUUAAUCAUUCUCAUGUUUUAUUUUCCACAAGUCUGAGCCCUUCUCUCAGAGGUAAAAAAAAAAUGAACAGGUUCUGGAGCUGGUUCAUCUGAAUGCAACUUUUUUUCUUAUUAUUUUGCAAAUUAAACCAUCUGUAGCCUAACUGUAAUAUACCUAGUGGUUAACCUGAAAGAGUUGUAAAAUAUUGCUUUAAUUAACCUUGUAAAUAUUCCAGAUAAAUGUUAUAUUCUUGUAUAUAAACUUUACAUCAUAGUUUACCCAUUGUCUUGGUCUGUUUUGGAAUGAGUUCACUUCAAUAUAUUUUGGGAGAAAGCUGACCAACUGGGCUUUGUCAUGGCAAAGCACUAUUUGCCCUUCCACCCCAAAUCACCAACAGAGAAGCACGGUGAAACAUCUAGUGCUGCAAUCAAAAAUAAAUAAAUAAAUAAAUAAAAUUGGACCUCAUUUCCCUGAAGACCAACCCCUGAGACAUGGGACUUGAGGUUCAGUUACCUCAUCUUAAUAUAUUUCUGUUGAGCUCUUCAACACUAAGAGUUUUCUGUGGUUUCUUUGUUUGACUGCCUGCAGUUUCAUCCCAUCUUCUCAGAAGACCCUGCUCUUUGCUGAAGAGGAAUGACAAUGAGACCAGUUGCUUACAAAUCAAAUCCAUUUAUCUGUUCCUUACACUUGAAAUAGUCAUAUUGAGGAGUUCAGGAGUAGAGUGAAAAAUCUCAUUUGCUACUAACAAUUCACAAUAAUUUAAAUGGUAGGAACAAGGCAUGUUUUGUGUGUAUGUACACUCACUAUUCUUAGAAAAUAAAACAUCAUUUGCACUACCUAAUAGCGUAACCAGAGCAAUGUCUUUCAGCAUGUUGUCUGUGGAAGAGCAUUAUGUGCUAGAACAUUAUUGUAUUUACCCUGGAAAAGUCUUGCUUCCCAGUGCUGUCACACAUGUAAAAUUCCUUUUACCCUCACCGAGAGAAUGAGAAGCUCGGUAUUUCCAAGAACAAUGUCUUAUGCUAACUAAAGACUGAAUGCAAAUCCAACCCUAGAUUUUUUAAAAGUAAAAUGUCAUACUAAUUUCA